AUGGCAACGCCCAAGACGGCCCAGGAUGUCAUCGCGGCGCUCAACCUGGCCCCCCAUCCGGAAAAGGGCUACUACGUCGAGACGUUCCGGGACCCAGAGACAUCUGCCGAUGGCCGCGCCCCCAGCACGUACAUCUACUACCUCCUCGAGGGCGAGUCAGGGCUGUCGCACUGGCACCGCGUGGUCGACGCCGUCGAAGUGUGGCAUUACUACGCCGGCGCGCCGCUGCGGCUCUCGCUGUCGUGGGACGACGGCAGGCCCGUCCGCGAUGCGGUUCUUGGCCCCGACAUCUGGAACGGCCAGCGGCCACAGGUUGUCGUUGAGCGCGGCGAGUGGCAGCACGCGCAGUCCCUGGGGGACUGGACGCUGGUGGGAUGCUCCGUGGCGCCGGGUUUCGAGUUUGCGGGCUUCGAGAUGGCCGAGCCGGGCUGGGAGCCAAAGGGGACUGCCUAA